AUGCACGCCCUCACCAAGGAACCGUUGCUGUGGAGUACGCUCGCAGCUCGUCGGUGGGGAGACUCCGUGGACCAGCUCUCGCACGGCAUUGCCAAUGAUGAUUUGGUGCGCGAGUGGAACGCCAUCAGCGACAAGCAAGCGCGCUACAAGCUCAGGCACACGCACCUGGGCGACUGGGUGUUCGGUCGGUACGCUCUACGCUCGUUCGGCGAGUCCACCGAAGACAUUGGCGGCGGUUCGGGUAUCGCCGCCAUGGAGUACAUCGAAGAGGACCAUGUGGUCAUCCUUGGCUACCAGGCCGGCUACAUCGAGAUUUGGGACAUGCACACGGCAUCGUGCCUCGCUACGCGGUAUCUCAUGAUGCCAAGGAAUAUGAGUGGUGGUCCCAUCCAAAAGAUGCUGAUCCGCAAGUACAAAGUCGUGACGGGCUUUUCGAACGGGGUUGUGGUGCAUGCUGUGGUCAAGGACUCCAGGAAGCCGUUUGCCCUCCCGUACGAGAUCGAGACAACAUCCUAUUUCUGCUACGCGUCGGGAUACAAGGCCAAGGAGACCCUGCCCUUGUUCGAUGAGACCCUCGCCAUGUCCGCCUGCUCGUCUGCGGUGGCGUGUUUGCACAGCAACGCCAAGUUUUUGUUCCUGUUCAACGAGACCAUCAACCCUGAGACGGGCGAGGCGGCGGUCACGCGCAUCCUCCUCGGCAACAACGCGGCCAACGAGGUGCUGUUCCACCUGGACGCCGUCGAGUUCCGGGGUCAGCGGGAGGUGGUGCGCGUGGUCAUGUUCAUGAAGCAGACCCGCAACCUGCACGUCUUCCACAUGCCCGACCUGCUCAAGCCGCCUGUUCACCGCGUCGUGCCCUUGGUCGGCGUGGGCAUGGAUCCGCGAGAGGUCAAGGUGUCGGGCAACGUGGUGGCGCUGCUGGGACUCACCAAGACUUACGUGGUGAAUCUGGACAAUGCGGGCUUCUUCCAAGUCAUCCAAUCAACGCUGGACUACACCAGCCCCAGCCUGACGUCGGCCUUCGAAGGCGGCAAGCUCCUGGAAAUGACCCGAAACGGCUUGAUCGUGCUGCACAGCACCAGGAGGACGGAGCUGGUGCUGAGCGUGGACGACUUCUACGUUCCCCAGCCGCCAGCCGUGCCCGCCCUGGUGGAGCCUGAUCUGCGUUUACGCACCAAGUACUCGAUGGCCCGCUUCUACAAGUCUCGUUUGCUACUGCUCACCGAGGACGGCGUCGUGAGGGACGACUGCACGCUCUUCCUGGUCGACUUGCUGCGCAAGGCCAAGCACAGAGUCGACGAACUGGAAAAGAGCUUGCAGCUGGCCUCCAGCAACACCAACAAGGAGGCACUGGCCGCAGCACGCAAGUCCCUGAAUGUCAUCGUCUCCGAAGCGAUCGAGACAGCGGACAGGGCGCUGGGCUAUAUCAACAACCAGGUCACGCUCAACACCGUCCACAUCCUCUACAGCAAGCUCAAGGCACUUCUGGAGGCCGACCAGACCAUCACGGCAAUGUGCAACCAAGUGCGCGAGAUCGAUGCGGCUCUGCCUUCUGCAUCAAGUCGACCUCACAGCCGCUUCAAGCUGGCGGGAGCGCUGCCUCUGGGACUCACCGCCACCACCGCACACGCGCACAUGCAGAUGAAGACGACGACGAUGAUGAUGACGACAAAGAAGAAGAAGAAGCGGAAGAGGGUCACGGAGGGAUCUUGCGGACGGAUCGAUGAGAUGUGGGCCGCCGGCGAGCGCAUCAUCGCACUCAGUCGCGCCGUGAACGAAAAAAUCGCCCAAGCGUCGAAAGCCGCGAGUUCGUCUUCGAUUCUCGAGGCGCAGAGCUGCGACUUGGUCGAGACGGUGGGCGAACUGGAGAAGCGUAUCACGGCGCAGCUGGAGACGGCGCUGCUGGAUUUGAUUGGCGAUCAGGCCAGGUGGAGCAGGCAGCAUCCGCAGCACGAGUGGACCGACGCGACGGCCAUCUGCGCGCAGUCGCUGGGCAGCAUCCUCCAGCGCCAGCUUCGCAACGCUCAGAAACACUCCUCGUGGUUAGGUCGCGCGCACGUGGAGGUUGCUCUCAAACAAGCCGAGGACAACAUGCGCGCUGAGCUGAUCGCCUACCAGCGCAAGCAGCUGUGUCUCAAGAUCGCCUACGAGCCCGCUCUGCUCGACUCGCUCGAGGCAACGCACGACAAGCUGGUCGAGCUCAAGAACUAUCACAACCUCCAGGACACCUACCGCGGGCUCCAGCAGUCGGAUAUGGCGAUCCUAGAGAAGGUGAUCCAGGAGGUCAGCACGCGGUUGGAGCAGCACGUCGCGCUGCGCAGCAUCCAGUGCUGGCAGCAGAUCACACGCGACCCCGCCUUCUCUUCGCCCGAACAGCUCAUUGCGGCGGCUCGGGAGGCGGAAGAAUGGGUGUUCGCGGUGACCGAGGUGCCUCAGAGCGUCUACGAGGUGGAAACCAACCUGCAGCGCGCCCAGGAGCUCGAAAGGCAGCUGACCAACAAUCUCCACGCCUACCAGGAGAUGCCAACCUGGAAACGACUGGCGGCCAGAAAGGAGGCUCUGGCCAACAGCCUGGCCCAGGCGCGGCGGCACGAACUGGAGAUGAUCCACCAGGAGCUGGAGCACAUCGACGAGUGGCUCGACCAGCAGCGCAGGCAGCUCGACGCCCUGCUCCCGGGAGGCCAGCCGGUUUUUGACCAGCCUGAGACAGAGACCAAGGCCCAGACCGAGGCCGAGCUCCAACAGUCCAGGGAGCGACCGGUGCACGAUGAAGCGGCGUCGGCGGCGGUGGAGCAGCUGAUCGAGGCGACCCUCGGCCAAAUUCGCGCGCAGAUCCGCCACUUGACCCACCACAAAGCCCGAUCGACGGCGUGGUUCAAGCUCGAGGAGAGAGGCUUGAAGAAGAUGGACGAUGUAGUCGACCGCCUGAAGCAAGCUGUUAUCGACGUCCGCACGCAGACUUGGAUCACCCGCAUCGAACGCGCACAUGAAGUGGUGGCGGCGCUACCACUCGAAGACCUGCUCGACCAAUACGAACGCUUCACGAGCAUCCGCUGCAGAGCCGACGAGCCGCACUGGCUGGCGGGCGACCUGCGGUGUCGGCUGGACGACUUUGCAAACGGCGAGCUCAGGUCGCUCAUCGCCGACAAGUUCGAGGCCGCCACGGUCGACCAGCUCGACCGGUUCGCCGCAGCCGCCGACGCCCUCGACAGCGUCCACGACCCUCAUCACGCGGACCGCGACGCUGAGGCCACCACCAAGAGGCAGAAGAACGAAGCCAAGGCGGAGCUGGUUCAGUCGGUGAGCGCAUACGAGAGCUUGCUGAAGCACAUCGGGCUGCGCGAGAGCUGCCACGACCUGGUGGAACUGGUCCAGCUGACGCUGCGGAGUGAUGCGAUGAUGAGCGGAGUCAUGCCCCGGAUCAGGCGGCUCUUGGUCGACCCGCAGCAGACGCCACCCCUUGACUGGUUCGAUUGUGAGAAGCACACGGCCAAGCUGCGUGAGCUCACCCAUCUUGCCACACUGACCACCACCACGAGCCACCACCUGGCCAUCGUGACGCGCAUCGAGGCCUUCGUGCAGCUGGUCGGCCAGACCAUCAAGCAACUCCAGGAGCAGGCGUUGGCCCAGUACACCAGCGAGCUCGAGGCAGUCACCACCUGGGUCUCGGAGCAGAGGGCACCAGGCAGAGCCGACGCCCAACCCAAGGCGGAUCUGCAGAGUGCGUACCACCAGCUGGCCAGGCUGCGCGACUGCUCGGCCAAACUCCAACUCUACGGCCUGUCGCCAAGCAACAGUGACGACCUGCAUGGCCAAGUGCAGCAGCUGACCCGACAGCAUUUCCUGGCCUAUCUCACAGUUCUUGACGCCAAGGCCAUGGAUGCGCCAACGCGCCACGCCAUCGAACGGCUCAGCCGCGAUCGACUCAAGAAUCGCCACGACCGUUACACCAUCAACUGCACGCUUUCGUGUCAGAAGGAAGUGGACGACCUACGGGAGCGAAUGCAGGCGAUGAUCGACCAGAGGAUGCGCAAGUCAAGAGUCGAGGAGAUGCUGCAGCAGCCUGAGCUGUUCGACUUAAGCGACUUUGCCAAGCUCUAUCACGAAAUCUCGAGGCUGCUCGAUUACAAGAAGCAGCCCCUGGACGAAGCGACCACCGCAAACUUGAUGUGGCUCCAGGAACGGCUGAACGCCUGGACACUGGUGGCCUACGACACCGCGCUCACCGCAGACAUCUUGAGCGCAGAGAACUAUUCCAGUGACCAGGCGGCUCUGUUGUUCCAUCCCUCGGGGCUGCCCGACAUUGAGACUGCGGUGAUGAAGAUCACUUAUUGGUAUCGGGCAGGCCGCAACCGCAUGUCAAACGCGAUGACGGUCGACGAGCAGAUCGAGCGCCUGGGCGAUUUGCGCACCAAGCUGGAGGAGUACUGUCACGAGGACAACUACUUGCGCCUGGCCGAUACCAUGCACGACCUGGAGCGCAAGCUGUGCGGUUGGGUUGAGAGUGAGCCUGACACCAUCAACGACAUUCUGGACAUCUUCGACGAUGACGACGAGGAUGCCAAUCCUGAUGAUGGCGAUGACGACGGAAUGAGUGCAGACAAUGACGAAGACGAAGGAGAUGAUGCCACCGAAUCAGAUGACGAUCAUGAUGAUCAUGAUGAUGGGGAGGCUCUCUGA